AUGCGCGGAGUCCUCUCUGCUCUCCCCAGCACUUUCCACAGCCACUUUGUCCCACCAUCCGUGGCACCGCUUCCUAGUGCUGGGCCUAAAAGUGCCUCGGAACCUUCUCUCCCCCUCGUUGGAGACCACCUGCAUACUCUCGAACCAUAUGCACAGCAGCUCACAGCACAACAACAGAAGCGUCCUCGGUUCCGGCUGCUGGUGGCAAAGCUUCCCCGGGGAACGAGCCCUCUCCAGCUAACAACACCACUAGAGCAGGCCUUUCCAUGUAGUGUGGAUAAUAUUACACUACCCUCCAGUAAGCACGGAAAGCGCCCAAGGAAUUUUGCCAUAAUCGACUUGCACUACAGAAUCGAUCUCUCUAAAGCUCAAGAGGUUUAUAGACAGGCCAAUCUAACCAUUAAGAUGAAGGCUGUGGACGUCAAGGAAUCUGUGUAA